AUGUCCUAUGUUAUCACUCUUGUCUUUUCCCUCGUCGCCCUCGUAUCUGCCCUACCCACGACAACCCAUUCGGCCUCCGCAUCCAAUGGCAGCGUCCUAGCCGAACAAUGGCUCAUUCCCCGUCUACACAUGCACAUAAUGAGCGAUGGUACCGGCAUCCCCGGCAACCCCCCCUGGCCCGACGGCAUGCGCUUCAACUCGACCAUCGACUUUGACGUCCUCAUGCUCAACUAUACAGUCAAUGAAGACGGAUCCGCCCCCGCCCCUUUAGCACUGACUUGCCAGGCCUCGUGGAGAAACGGCACACUUCCAGACAUGUAUGAGGGGUGCACGGGCAGCCCGGCGGACGAAAUGGUCGCAUUUCGGAUGGGUGAAUAUACGGAUCUGGGUGAUCGACGGCCGGAGUUGAGUUUUGUCCUGGAUAUGGUUCGCGUGCGGAUGGAGGACGAGAAUCGCAUCUACCAUCUCAGCGGUAGCAUCCCCAUCACGGCAAAUGACCCGUACGAGCCUUCUUCUUAUCUCACCUGCCUCCUUGGCCCGCCUUACGAUGGCCUGCGCUGUGCGAUUAAGAGCUAUUUGAGUGUGGAUAACGAGCUUAUCAUCAAGGCUACUAGCACUCUACCACGGGAGACGGGUUCUGCAUAA